UAGACAUAGAGUAAGCCAGAGUAUAUAAGACGCCUGGUAGAUCUCCAUCUCUCACCUCUGGCUCUUUCUCUCUCCAAGUCUCUCCUCCCGCCAGCUUUCCCUUCACACAGCUGUCAAGAUGGCCAUGAAAAACCUUUUGAAAGAUGACGAUAUCAAGAAAGCCCUUGACCAAUUCAAAGCUGCUGACAGUUUCGACCACAAGAAGUUCUUCGAUGUGGUGGGACUGAAGGCUCUGUCUGCCGACAACGUGAAGUUGGUCUUCAAAGCUCUGGAUGUGGACGCCAGCGGCUUCAUCGAGGAGGAAGAGCUCAAGUUUGUGCUGAAGGGCUUUUCUGCAGAUGGCAGAGAUCUUACCGAUAAGGAGACCAAAGCAUUCCUUGCUGCUGCUGAUAAGGACGGAGAUGGAAAAAUUGGCAUAGAUGAAUUUGAAGCUCUGGUGCACGAGUAAACCGUCAAUAUUUGGCAACCCUUUACACCACUACUCUCCUGUGAAUACCUACAGCCAAUCUUAGUGUACGUCUCUACACAUCCAGCCCAGGAGCAGAACCGCCUCAUGUUUAUUUAUUUACCUUUUUCUUUUUAUAUACAUAUCUAUAUUUAAAAAAUCUGUAUAUUUUAGUUAGCCAGCCACGUCUCAUGAAAACCUGGAGAUUUCUCUACUGCUUUGACCUUCCACCUCUACUUUUCUUGUUCAUUUUGGCAUCUUUCUCUUUCUGUUUAUGCUCCUUUCUUCUUCUCAUCUCGCUCCAUCUGUCAUCCCUUCCCUUUUUCCGCUCCUCUCUUGUGAUAGAGCCACCGAACACGAUGAAUACAUGAAGAGGAUGAGAUGAAAUGAGAGAUUCAAAUAUUUAAGAGAGAUACAAUAAAGCCAUGUGUUGAGGAAACAAAA